AUGAACAACCGUAGCCUGGAGACAAAGAAGAUGAAGACAGGCCCUCCUGGUGGAGGAGAUGAUGCUCCGUUUUCCGGUUAUUGGACGCCUGAAGAGAAGCUGUACUGUGACAGUCUUAUGCAGGCAUUCUAUGCUGGCAGCAUCAAUGGGGUCAAACCUGGAACCUCCCUAAGGAGCUUCCUUGCCAAGAAACUUGAUUGUAAUGUCAAGAGAAUCUCCAAAAAGUACGAAGGAGUACGAGGAUACAAAGGCCGCCAUCGUUUUCAGCCCAUACACGUACCGGUACCUGUGCAUCCAGAGACCGAUGAGUCCCAAAGCAUUGCCCAAGAACUCCAAGAGCUUGAGACGAAGUUUUGGGCAAGUCGGGAACUCUACAUCGACCUCAAGGCAGGAAAAGUCCCCUCUACUGCAGGUGGCUUGUUUCAUGCGACCGUAGCUGCCCCGCGGGGUCCACACCCACAUGUAUUCUCACAGCCACAAGCUUCUGGUCUGGUCCCUUCAAGUACAAAUGCUGGCCCUUUUGUGAAUGAGUGCAGUCCAAUUCAUUCUCGAGCCGGCUUAAACAUGGGAGCCUCUGCUUCUACAGCACACCAUCCUAGUUCCACAACCUGGAAUCCUCUUUUGGGAGCUGCGAUCGGCAACCAAACAUACGGAUCAACCACUCAAUUGCAGGGGGGCUUCCCAGGACAGUCCAUCACGAGUUCUGCUCUUCAAUUGUUCCAGGAGAGAAUCCGUCUGCAAUCUAAUGAAGCUAGCCGGCUGCUUCUUGCAUUGCAGCAAUCCCGCAACGGUGUUCAAUAUGGCAGCUUGUUGACAGAAUUACUUGCUUCUUCUCCCGGCCCAGUGGCAAUGGCUGGAUUGCCCCUUUCUCAAACCUCGGCACCUCCUGGUCAUUCGUUCCCUACCAUGGCGCAUCCCAUUACACGUACGCGGAGGAGUGAACAAGAUGUGAACGCAAUGCUUAUUGCUGUCCAACAAACUCAUCUCCAGCACCCCCAUGCCGGUACAACAAUGGGAGUCAAUGGUCGUCCAGCCAAGAAAGCCAGGAUGACAUGGACAGAGUAA